AUGAAGUUUAUUUUUGCUUUCCUUUUAUUGGCUACGCUCUCCAUGGUGGUCAAUGCUAUUCCACACCAACUUCUUAAAAGAACUACUACCUUUAAUCAAUGUCCUCCUACAGAAAAUGGAGGACAACCACCUCAACUCACUGUCGUACUUUCAACUGAUCCUGCAGUUCCUGGACAAACAGAUGAUUUUACUAUUUCUGGAACACUAAGUCGUCCUGUCAAUGAUAAUGACAAUACCAUUGUUCAAUUUUUUAAUACUGUAUCUCAGAAUCCCGUAGUAUUGAAUGUUAGUGUACCAGCAGAAUUACCUAAUCCAUACGGUAUUCUAGUUGUUGUUAUAAAUAUAGCAACUGGAGAGGUUAUAGGCUGUGCAUAUAGUAUUGUUGGUGGUUCUUCUAAACCUGCAGAUCUUGACUAUUAUCCCAUCCCAUUAUUAUAA